GGAAUAUUGGACUUUCGAUCCUUUUGGUGGAGAAAAGGACGCGGAUGGCAAUAUCUAUGGUAGAGGAGCACAGGAUAUGAAAUGUGUUGGAAUACAGUAUCUGGAGGCCAUAAGAAAGCUAAGACAAAACGGAGUAGUCCCAGUAAGAACAGUGCAUGUUACUUUUGUGCCAGAUGAACAAGUGGGUAGUGAGGAGGGUAUGAAGUUGUUCGUUAAGCACGAAGACUUCAGAAAUCUUAACAUAGCAUUUGCAAUGGACGAAGGCUUAGCAAGUGAAGAUGGCGUAUACAGAGUCUACAAUGCAGAGAGGUCUCCAUGGUGUAAGAUAUUAUUAUUAUCAAUUAUCUUUAUUAUUAUUAUUAUUAUUAUGAAUUU